UCAAUAUGGUGUAAAUAUUGCUGUGUUAUCGCACUUAUUAGUUUUUUGAAAAGUGAUUAAAUUAUCGCCGAGUAUCGCCAUGUCACUCUGUUUUUCUCGUUAUUUGUCACGUUUUAGUGAUGAAGAACUUGAUGAAAAAAUAAAAAAUUUAAAUGACACUUGUUUGAGCCAAAAUUUUGUAUUUCAAUCAAGCAGAUCAAAAAAAGAUAGAAGUCUUAAAUUGAUGACUGAGAUACUUUACAAGAGUUCAAGUGCUCAGUUGCAAGCUCGCGAGCCAAACAAUUUGAUUGAAUGUGCAAUAAAAAUUCUUUUGAAGUAUUCUAACACUCCAUUGCACUUUGAGCAUGAGCCUGUGAUACCUGAGAAGAAACGUAAUAGUAGAUAUUUAUUGGCAAAAAAAAAUUAUUAUAAAUUGCUCAAGGUUUUUUUUAAUAAGGAACAAGAAGAAAUAGUUGAGAAAAUCAUUGACGUGUUGCACAGUGAGAAACUUUGGCAAGGAAGAAGAGUUUGCAUUGAUAUAAUAAUAGGCCUGCUUGAUUGUGGAUAUAAAGGAUCCAUGAUAUGUAAUAAAAUAUUUAACAAAAUUGAAGCAACUGAUUCAUCUAAUGAAGAUUGCAUGAAGUUAAUCAUUAAAGUCUUGUACGAGUUUCUUGAUAGUUACAAAUGGCCGGAUAAUCAGGAAACUGUACUAGUUCUGGAAAGGUUACUUCAUUUUUAUUACAAAAGUUCUCAUGAUGCUUCUCAAGAUUCAAAGAAUAGAGUUUAUGCAAAUUUGAGAGGUGGUUUGGAGUUGUGUGUUAGACACAUGAUUCCAAAUAUAUCGAACAAUCAUCUUCUUGUAAUAAUUCAAUACAUGAGUUCUUGGUCUGUGAGCAAACAUGUAAGUGAUAAUGUUAUUUUGAAUUAUGGCAGUACUUUGGAAUAUGCAGCUUACAUGCAUCAGACGCAAUCUUUUGUCAAUACUUUAUCAGCAGAUGUUCUACCCCUUAUUAUGCAAAUGAUUGGAUCACAUGUAAAAUUUGUGUCCCUGUUAGGAAACAGAGUAUUACAACAUCUUAUUGACAGAGGAGGUAAUCAAAUGUUGUUUAACAGUCCUAAAAUAUUCUUUGAGAAUAUGCAGUUAAAUCUGAAGCUCAGAAAAUAUAACAAAGAAGAUAGAAAAUUCUUGAAACAACACAGAGAGGUCAUUCAUGACAGUUUAAUAAAGAGUGUCAUAUAUCAUAGAGGUUGUCGACUUAACUUGGAAACUACCUACUGUACAAUAUGUCUACUGGCUAUAGAAGUACCUUGUGGCUUUACAGCUGCAGCUUUGUGCUGCAUCAUGAUGCAUCUUCAAGAAAUUAUAAUGAAACGUCCAAAAAAAUUCGGUCGGGAAGCAUCUUUUCAUAUCCACGCAAUAAUAAUUUCUGUACUGUCCUUUGUCUGCUGGAUCCAUGAAGCAAAGGACUUCCACAACUAUGUGAAUAAAAUCGUAAUGGAAAGAGCUCAAUGGGCUCCACAUUUGAAUCCCCCACUGCAAUCGCGUUAUAAUUUCGCUGUCCAUCACGUGCUCUGGGACAAACCCGAAUUGUUUCUGAUCGACUGGGAAGUGCGCUUUGGUCUUUGGAAACGCUUUCGACUAAAUGAAUCGUCGAAGCAUAAAACAAAAAGAGUAUACUACGAAGAUAGUUGAAAUAAAAGUAUAUUUUAGUGAAGAAUCAGACAUGAAUUCAAACAAAUAAGAUUAUUAUUUAUGCUCGUUAUCGUGGUUCCGACCAACCGUACAGAAAUAACAGUAAUAAGACUUGCACUUGAUUUUUCGUUGAUUUGCCUGGGGCCCAAACUAACUUAUACAACUAUCGCGUUAAUUACACUGUGUAAAAAUAAAUGUAUGCAACUUUUUUUGCAGAAAAAUAUACAUACGAGCAAGUUGCUGCUUGCAUUUGUUUGGAUCCGCUAGGCUUCACCGACAGUGAUAUAAAAUCUUAUUUACAAACGACACGUGAAAAAAAA